AUGGCUGAUUAAGUUGAUAUUUUAGAUUUUAACAAAACUCAUAGGAAUUCAAAUAAAUUAAACUAGGAGCCUGAUAUAUUGUCUUCUCAAAACAAAAAGCAAUUAAUCACACUUGACGAUGUGGAUUCUCUAAUAUAGUAAAUUAAGAUGCCUCAAAGUAGAAAUUUUGAAUUUCCAUCUUCAUUAGAAAAAUCAAUUAUUCAUUCUUAAAGUUUUUAUAUUCAACCUAAUAAAAAAUUUCUUAAUAAAAACCCUAAACUAAUAAGUUGUGAUUGUUGUGGAUAAAUGAUUAGAAGAAAUAGAUACAAUAUAUUUACUUGUGAUAUGUAUAGUAUUUUUGCAGGAGAUUAUGGAAUUAGUAUUCCCUUAUAUUUCUCCAUAAUAAAACUGCACUUUUUCAUUUUAUUAAUAAUAGGUUGUAUUUUCGGUAUUUAUUAUUGCUAUUUAUCCGAGUUAUAUUGUGGAAUGCUUAAUCGAUAAAAUUAUACAGAAAAUGCUCUUUAUGAAUAAUGUUGCUCUUCCUACUUGGCAGCAUAACAUUUCCUAUUAUAUAGUUUUAAUUAAGAAGAAAUCAUAAAUAAAAAUUAUGAUGAUCAGGAAACCUUUUAUAUCUUGGGAUAUAUUGCUUAUUUAAUUAUGAUGUUGACUCCUUUUAUGCAUGAAAUUCUAUUGAGAUUAUAAUAGAUCAAAUAUUGGAAUUAUGAUUCCUUCAAUCAUCUUCGUAUUCCUAAAUUAACAUUAUAUAUUAAACAUAUUCCAAAAAAAUUUAACGAAUUAGAACUAUAACAAUAGAUGUAAAAUGCAAUUUCUAGUUACUAUAAAGAAAAAAUAGGAGAAAAAAUUAUUGAUGAGAUUGUUUAUAUAUAUGAUAUUCAUCCAAUUAAAGUCUUAAAUGAAAAAAGAAAGGAUACCUAUUUAUAAAUAUUAUAAAUAGUUAAUUAACUUUAAAUAGAAACAAAAUUGGAAUUAAAAGGAUAAUUGAUAGAUUUAGUUUUUUAAUUAAGGAAAUAAACAAGAGAUAUUUUUAAAAUCUUGUAAUAUGGUUUACCAUUUACAUCAAAAGUUAUCCUAAAAUUUAAUUCAGAAUAAGUAACAAAUUUGAUUUACGAACAUUUUAAUAAAUUAUUGUUAAAUAAAUUACUUAUAAGAAUUGACACAAUAAAAGAAUCUGCAUAAAAUUAUAAAGAAUUCAAAAAAGAUUAAAUUGAAUUAUAGGCAUAACUGCUAGAAAAAUCUGAAGCUAAAAGUUUGGAUAUACCAAAAAUUCUCAAUUAAUCAGAUCUCUCAGAAGAAGUUGCUGUGAAUUAAUCUGAAAUGUUUAAGUAUCAGUUGUAAGAUGAUUUGAAACUAGUAGAAGAAUAAUAAGAAUAAAAUUUACAAAAUUCAAUUAUAAAUGAGAAAAAAGGUUUACAUUUGAAAAAAGGAUUUCGAUAAGAAGAGAUAUUGUGGGAGAAUAUUGGAAUGCAUACAUUAAAAAGAUUCUAUUUAAGAUUGUUAACUACAAUGGUAACCUUAAUACUUGGUAUCAUAAUUAUGGCUAUAUAUGAAGGAUUAUAUGUCUGGCAAAAAAAUUUGGAAGAUAAAACUGAUUGGGUUAGUAAAUUAAUUAUUUAUUUGAUCAUUAUAUUUACUGUUAUCCUUUAAAUCCUUUCGACUAUACUUGUUAUCAUUAUGACUAAGAGAGCAUAAAGAUUUACAUAUUCUUAAUAGGAGAAGAAUAUUAUCACUUUUAUGUCACCAAUUCAAUAAGUUUGUAUUUUUGCAUUUCCAUUUAUUUUUGUUUUAAGUAGUAUGAAAGAACAUGCUGCCUUAAAUCAUAUUUAUGUUUUAAUGGAACUUACUAAAUUAGUCAGGUUUAGAAUUAUUGCUAAAGGAAUAUUUCAUAUACUACAUCAAAAACUUUUGAGAUUCAAAAUAUCUAAGAAAAAAAUAAUUAAGAAAUUUUAACCCACAUCAUAGUUUUAAAAGAAAUUAAAUGAAUUAUUAACUCCACCUCUCUUUCCUAUUAGAAGCAGAUUAUUUUUUAUUUUAUAUCUUUAUAGCACUGGUAUGGUAAUGUUAUUUUUUAAUCCUACUAUGAUUUUAUGGUGUUUAGUCAUAUAAAUUAUUAUCUAUUACUACGAUAAAUUUAGUGUCUUAAGUGAAUAUCGUUGUGAUAAACUUUUUACUUUCUAACUUUUCAGAUAUUUAAUUUUAGUUUAUUAAACUAUCAUGAUUCCUAUAUAUUGUUACAUAUAUAUAGUUACAUUCACAAAUAUCAAUUAAGACAUAAAUUCUGAUGGAAUUGUAUUUAUUAUUCAUUAUUCUUAGUUAAAUAAUUAAUACUCUAAAGUUUCCUUAUUGUGGACUUAUUUAGGAUAUGGCACCUUUAUUUUAUCUUUUAUAAGCUUCAUUUUUUUCAGAAAGAAAAUAGCCAAUUUCUUUGUUUUUGUAGUGUUUAGAGUAAAAAGGCCUUUGAGAGAUGCUACAAUAUUUAAAGAAAAAUCAUUUUUACAAAGUUAUAAGGAAUAUUUUAAUGGUGAUAUUUAUUUUUAUUCUUAGAUUUGGGAGUUAUGGAAUUAAAUUAAAUUUUUGAUGAUAUUACUUAAAAUAUGGCAUCUAAAUCAAAAUGA